UGGUUGAAAGAAACAUUUUAUUAUUAUAACUGAAACUUGAAACCAUGUUUUGAGUAUGUGUAAAAAGUCUUCCUUUUGAAAAUGACUAAAAUAAAGGUGGGAUUCUCUGUCAAGUUACCUUUUUUUUUCUCAAAUAUCGUGGGUAAGUAAAUGUACAUGGUGUGAAAACUGUUAACUUUCAUAUCAAGCUCUACAACCCGUAUACCGCUACAACCAUACAUGUAUGUUACCAUACAUUUAAACUACUGGAAUGUUUAUAUCCUCCUUAGACCCAGCAUCCUCAUAUGAGGACAUCACAUUUUGGGUUUCCUGCACCUCAUACUUCAUUUUGCUCAACUUAGACUUGUUGUCCUCCUUUGAGGGCACCUUUAUGAUCAGUCUACAGCUGACACAAAAGUGGACAAGGUACAAAAGCUGAUCAGAUUUCAUGGUUGAAAUUAGUUUAUUUGUGCUAAAUAACCGUCUGUAGUUUGAUAUGGAAUACACAUUUGACAAAUUUUAGCAACAAGCUAAAGUGCUGUUAAUUAGGAAGUACUCAUUUGAGGACUUUGAUACUUAAUUAUCAUCUGGCUUGAGGACACUGGGACUUUAUUAUUGUACUAUCCCAUCAUUUCACACAGGCCAAAUAGGCGUGACUGUUCCCACAGAUAAAAAGGACAUUCAUAGACUGUAGUACAGAGCAGAGAAAAUAUAAUACAGAGCUUUUAGAUAUUUUGCAUUAUUUGCAAUUUUGUUUUGCACAGCCAUGUUCAGGCAUUGAAAUCAACAGUUGUAGAUGUGAACAGUGACCUCUAACCCAUUCAGUUACAAGGCAUUAAACAAUUGUUGCAUUGUUUGUAAUUUUGUUUUUGCACAACAGUGGUCAGGUAUUUAAAUUAACAGUUUUUUACUUUAUUACACACUUGACUAUUAAAAAUAAACCCAGUGUCCCCAUAUGAGGACAUCCUUUUUUCCAAAAACUUUCUCCUGUUCAAAGGCAAUACUUAGAUUUUUAUACUUAUCAGGUCCUACAUUCCCAAAUAGCUCUGAGAAAUUAAAAAUGCAUACCAAACAAAAGCUGGGGUCUCAGGAGGAUAUACCAUACGUUGCCUUGUAUAGUAUUAUUAAAUGUAAUAAAUGGAUGUUAUUGCUAUUUAUAUACUUGCAUACAAGCCGUAACAAAAUAUGAAUGAUUCUCUAUGUCAGCAUAUGGGUACCUGUACCUACCUGUUAAGUUUGUACCACAUAUGUUAAUAUAUAUCCAUACAAUUAACUGCCAAGAGUGGUGAGUUUUGAGUAUGUCAAUAUAUAUGUCUAUGUGACUGUAAAGAGACUUUAAGACUGUAAAACCUAAUGAAAGAGACUUGGACUGGACACUGCGAAUUACUUAUAGACAUGAAUGUUGUGUUUAAGCACUACAGUUGCACCAUAAAAGUUAUGUCCACACAAUCACAAUGCAUUUAUAAAUAAACAUUAUUAAAAUAUUUUUGAACCUGCAGUUAUUCCAGCAUGACCACGCAUUUGUGUUGCGUAUAAAUUACUUGCAGUAUUCUGUUAAUAGUGUACGGUAAGUACAGCUUUAAGUUAUUCAGAGUGAUAGUUUGCGAUGGUUUCACACUUCAGCCCGGACAAUGUAUGACGGGCGGAGUUCUUCUCUAAUUUGUUCUAUCUCAACGACCAGUAACCCCGCCCGUGCGGCACACUCCGCAUAGAAAAGGAGCGCUUCACUCCCAUGUGACGUUGCAGACCAGACUAGCUGCGUUUGCUUUGAUUUGCGAUGUUGUAGCUAGCUACCACUCCGUCAAACUGAGGAGCCAACACAGUAAGCAGUAGAUAAAUGUCUUCUCCAGCUCAAGCGGACGAUGAUGAGGUGGAAGAAGUGGAGUUUGUAUCAGAGGGCCCACUCCGACCAGUAGUGGACUGUAUUGAUCUGCUGAGUGAUAGUGAGGAUGAGGGCUGUUCAUCACUGGCAGGCACAAUUGAGGAUAAAAUCAGCCGUCAUAAAGCGCAUGUCACAUCUACACUGGACAGACUUGCACACCAGGUGGCCCUCGAGAAAAAGGAGAGAUCAGAUAAAUGCAGAGCGUUCAAGGAGAAGCAAAUACUACAAAGAGCUCAUGGACAACAGGAGCUUGCUUUCAGUUCUACAAAUGGAAUUAACCAGGAAGCAAAACACUGUGUAGACAUGUGGUUAAAGAUGCCAGGUCCUAAACCUGGAGUGAUCAAUGCUGGUUUUGGAAGAAGACACAGACCUGCUUCUUUCCCUCCGAAUAUUUCAACUAGACACACCUGUCCAGUGAUCAACUGUGGUCGAGUUUAUGACAAUGCGUCCCUCCUCGAUGGCCAUUUAAAAAGGUUUGAUCACUCCCCUUGUGACCCCACCAUCAAUCUUAAAGGAUGCCCAUCUGAGCUCUUUGCCUGUGUUGCCUGUGGUCAACAUUUUCAGACUGAAGAAGCGUGGAGGAAACAUGUGAAAUCUAAGGUGUCCUCAUCUACUGCCGAUGGUCACAGCAUCAAUCAGAACUAUCAGCGGAUUGUGUGUUUUGCCUGUCCUGCUUGCUACUUCCUCUUCAACCUCCGGGAUGAGUGUCUUCAGCACAUGUCGGCCAAAAACCACUUCACAGAGUCACUCGCCAUGACAGAACCCAGAGGAAGAGCGCUGCCAGUUCCCAUCUCACAAUACGUUAAGAAUCGUCUCAUCACUUUGUGCAAGGAUGCAACGUUCAGUGUCCGGUGCUCUUUAUGCCACAAAGUGCUGGUGUCACAUCAGGCAGCUCAAGCUCACUUUAAUGUGCACUGCAGACAGGGCUGUGCGGUGGCAAAGGCAGAUAAAACUGUAGUGCAGGUGAUGAAACAGCUGCAGGUGCGAGGGCAGUGCUCCCUCUGCUGCAAAAUCUUCUUCAGCCAAGCUGAAAUUGAGAAACACAAAGAAUCGACCCAGCAUGAUGUGGAGGUCAACCAAACAAUGGAGAAAGCCCUGCUUCAAUACUGCAGGUUUAGUGAAAUUCAACACACCCAGAGGGAUAGAGAGGCGCGGAGGAAAAGACAAUCCGCUGGCCUUGAAGCUCCUUUUCAAAAAAGACACAAGAAGGGGAGUGAUGGUGAGGAAUUUCCAGCCAAACAGAGGAGACAGAGUGUGAAUGGUAGCUUCAGCAGAAAUUCGGUAACGGCAUGGUUCUGCGAGUGUGGCAUACAGUUCUCAGAGGAGACUGCAGCCAGUAAGCAUCUCUUGGCUGCGAACCAAAUUUUCCAUCAGUGUGGCGUGUGCGGCAAACACAUGGGAGAGUCCUCAAUUACCCGCCUGCACAUGAGUCGCUUCCACGGGGGAGCUCAUCUCUCCAACUUCCUCUUCUACUGCCGCAAGUGCAAAGUGGAAAUGCCUCGGUAUGAAGAUAUCCUGUCACACGUAUCAGACACUCACAGCGGCCACACCUUCUUCGCCGAGCAGGAAGUGCCAGAGGAGCUCACCACAGUCAUUGAUGCCAAGCCGUCCACCAGCACAGAAGUCACCCUGCAUUCAUCCUCCAAGUCCAGAAUCCAGCAGAACACAGUAGAGACGUCUUCUGUAAAAGCAGAGCAGACUUGGAUGUGUCGUAUGUGUGAAGACAUCUUUGACUCCGAACAGGCCGUCCGCAAACACUGCAGUGAUGUGAGCAGUCACAGCUUUCAGAGAUUCAUCUGUGGACACUGCCCGCAGAAGUUCUUUAAAGAGUCCACUGUACGCAGACACUGUAUGAACGAGCAUGACGGGCAGAUACAGAGCUCCCACUUCUGCGGCCUCUGCGACAGCAUGCAGUUUGAAACCGAGGGCGAGUUCUUGGAGCACUAUAAGAGUCUUCACAGUAAGGACUACUACUGUAUGGAUGAUGCUGAAGUCGUUCAGCCUGCUGUCGCUGAAAGCACCAGCGAGCCUACAUGCCCAUGCAUGGGUCCAGAAAAGAGCAACAAGGAAAUGAAAGCUACGUAUACACAAUGCAUGAGGAAUCUGUCCGCUGAGGGAAAAUGUCAGUAUGUGUGCGCUCCUUGUGACGUAUCUGUGCCCUCCUACGCACAGAUGAAGACUCACGUCCACACAAAGCACGCAGCCUUGAACCUGGACAAGACCUUUAAUGUAGAAUGUAAAGCUUGCCAGGAGAGUUUUAUGGGUGUACCAAGUUUCCAUAAACACUAUCAUGCCCUACACUGUACACUGGAACCUUGCAUGAGCUCCAGGACCUGCAGGAAAGACAUGAUAGCAGAACCCACCAAUGUAAAAGUGCUCAAUGCUGUGGAGAUCAGAGCAGACACCACUGAGAUCGAAGAUGAAACACUGGUGACGUUAUUGGAGAUGGAUCAGGCCAACAAAGAGAGUGAAGCAUGUGAAAAUGAAUCAGAUGAUGAGAUGAACCAUGAACCAUCUUUGAGUGCAGAGGAAAGAGAGUCAGCAGUGUUUGCAGUGACAACAUGUUUACAUGAAUGUGGAACUUAAUGAGGAUAUACAUUUAACAACUCAAUAUGUAAGUUUGAUUGAAAAUGUUGAGAAAGUGCUUUACAAGAUCAGUCAGUCCCUGCAGCGUGUGUUUUGGGGAUAUAGUGUAACUUUGAUC